ACCCACCCAAACGCCCAACCAGUCAACUCAAAAAAAAUACUGUACGCAACCUAGGCUACUCCAUCCGAACUCUGAAAGAUCCGACCCACUUCCAAAACCCUAAUUAAAGUUAUUAAACCCCUAAAUUUCCUCUUUUGCUCAUUUUGUACACAAAAUCAUGGCUACAACAACAAACAUAUGGUUGAAUCUUGGUAGUAUAAGCACUCCCCGGCAGCCUAAAUUUCAUAAAGUUAAACCCCUUAAAGCCUCUCUCUUUGACUUCCCGCUUGCUAGCAAAAUCAUGGUCAGAAAUUUAUCGUUUUCUACCACUGAAAGUUGUUUGGAGAAAGAAUUUUCAAACUUUGGUGAGAUAGCUGAAGCAGUUAAGAUAGUCAAGGAUGAAGUCAGAAAGAGAUCGAAAGGGUAUGCUUUUAUUCAAUAUAGUAGUCAGGAGGCAGCUUUGCAAGCUCUGGAAAACAUGGACCGAAAAUAUGUUGAUGGUAGACUGAUAUAUGUUGAUUUAGCAAAGCUUGAUAAGCAUUCAUAUUACAGACCCCCUAUAACCUCAGGACCUCCGGAAGGGAAAAUGACAGCUACCAGGCGUGAGGAACAGAACGAAUAAUUAUGCAAUCGCAUUGUCUAUUUUUCAGUCUCAGCUAGCAGCAGAAACAAUGGGACAAAAUUUGCUAGUGCAUUCUCAAGUCUUGAAACACAACAUUUACACCUGAUAUAGAGAGUUAUAUUCUGAUUUACACAAAAUUGUUGAUUGAACAAUUUGUAAAGAAGUGAUAGCAAUUGUGACCAAAUGCAAGUCUUACAUUUUUUUAAAUUAGUAUAUAUCUACUUGUAAUGGUGAUUUUAA